CUUCGACAUCAACUGCAUCCUCCCCAUCCAACUCCUCCCAUCUCCCAGCGUCUCUUUCCAUCGCGUUUGAGGUCGUCGGCAGCUGUUUGUUGUGGUACCGCUUUGUUUUCUGGCUCCUCUUCGUUUGUGUCGCAGGUAGACCGACGAGGCAGCUUGCCAUCACGCCAUCAUCAUGAAGGCCGCCGCCAUCGCCCUGUCCGUGGCCGCCAUCGCCGAGGCCACCUCAUUCAAGAUCGGCACCAUCCACGACAAGUCUGCUCCCAUUCUAUCCUCCACUCACGCCGAGGUCAUCCCCAACGCCUAUAUUAUCAAGUUCAAGGAGCACGUCGAUGACUCCAAAGCAUCCGAUCACCACUCGUGGCUCAAGAACAUAAACGAGGAUGAGGAGGGCCGCCUUGAGCUCCGCAAGCGCGGUAUCAUUGAUGACAUUGUCGCCACUGUGAAGCACGAGUACAAGAUUGGUGUCGACGGAGCCAAAGCUGCUUUCCGUGGCUAUGCCGGUGUCUUCUCUGACAGUGCUAUCGAGCAGAUCCGGAAUCGCCCAGAUGUUGAGUACAUUGAGCGCGAUUCGAUUGUCCGCACCAUGCUUCCCCUCAACGCCGAGGAUGCCGUGACUGAGGAUACCUGCGAUGGCGAAGAAGAAAAGCAGGCUCCCUGGGGCCUUGCUCGUGUGUCUCACCGUAAGACGCUCAACUUCGGUACCUUCAACAAGUACCUCUACGCUGCCGAGGGCGGCGAGGGCGUUGACGCCUAUGUGAUUGACACUGGCUGCAACACCGAGCACGUCGACUUUGAGGGCCGCGCCAAGUGGGGUAAGACCAUUCCCAGUGGCGACGCCGACGAGGACGGCAACGGCCACGGCACUCACUGCUCCGGUACCAUUGCCGGCAAGAAGUACGGUGUUGCCAAGAAGGCCAACAUCUACGCCGUCAAGGUCCUCCGCUCCAACGGUUCCGGCAGCAUGUCUGACGUGGUCCGCGGCGUCGAGUACGCCGCCCAGAGCCACCUCGAGCAGGUCAAGGCUGCCAAGGACGGCAAGCGCAAGGGCUUCAAGGGCUCCGUCGCCAACAUGUCGCUGGGUGGUGGCAAGACUCAGGCUCUUGACGCCGCCGUCAAUGCCGCCGUCGAGUCUGGCAUUCACUUCGCUGUCGCCGCUGGCAACGACAACGCCGAUGCCUGCAACUACUCUCCCGCUGCCGCCUCUCAGCCCGUGACCGUCGGUGCUUCUGCUCUCGAUGAUAGCCGCGCCUACUUCUCCAACUAUGGCGAGUGCACCGACAUCUUCGCCCCCGGCCUGAGCAUCCAGUCCACCUGGAUCGGCUCCAAGUACGCUGUCAACACCAUUUCGGGCACCUCGAUGGCCUCGCCCCACAUCUGCGGUCUCCUUGCCUACUACCUGUCUCUGCAGCCUGCGAAGGACUCCGAGUUCUCUGUUGCCCCCAUCACGCCCAAGAAGCUCAAGGAGACUCUGAUUGAAAUCUCGACUGAGGGAGUUCUGAGCGACAUUCCUGCCAAGACACCCAACAAGCUUGCCUGGAACGGCGGUGGCUGCAAUAACUUCUCCAAGAUUGUAUCUGCCGGAGGAUACAAGGCUGAGCGCGCCCCGAGCACUAUGGAGAAGCUCGAGAAGCUCGAGGAUGUUGUCAUUGAGGACAUGAUGGCCGUCAAGGGCAAAAUCGUUGAGGCCGCGUCUGCUGGCCAGUCUGAGCUCGAGAAGCUUGUCCAUGUCGCCGAACUUGCCAAGAAGAAGCUCAAGGGCUUGAAGGUCGAAAUCGCCUUUUAAAUGGCCGCAGUUCCAUCGGCCCACGGGCCAGACGGCGCGACCUAGCCGUCGCGGAGGCCCCGAUUUGUUUUGGGUAUAACGAUAGCAGACGGGCUUGGUAACUGGCGUAGAUCGCGGGUUUUUAUAUUUGUGUGUACUUGUUUGCAUGGGAUAUGCCCUGUAACAGGAUGGCUUUGUCAGGUUGCUUCAUCCGUCCAUUCGUAUCAAUACAUUUUCAUUGUGUAGAUACAGCGUUGCCACACCCCCUAGACCUGUGCUUGUUGAUGCGCUUGAGGGUCGCCUUUCUUGGGGCCCAUGGGAGACACGAGACAAGUACUGUGGGCG